AUGGCGCCGCGGGCGCCCCCUCCCCCGCCUCACGGCGCGGGCUGCGCUCACCGGACAGAAAUAGCAGCCCCCGCCCCGCCCUGGUGGCGCUGCGCUCGCGCCUGGGCCGGGGCCGCCGCGGCAGGCGGAAAGGGGCCUGAGAGAGGCUCUAUGGUCUGCUCCCGGGCACCAGCCACUAUUCCGUGCGUGGCCCAGACCGACUUGCACACCUCCAGAGACGGGGAGCUCACCACUUUUCACCGGCAUUCAAGCAACAAGAGCUGCUAUUGUGGGUCAAACCAACCAAAGUACUUCCACCCCCACCCUACUCCUCAUGUGGCCUGCCUCAGAAUCAGGCAGGAGCUGAAGAGUGUACCUAGUCACCAGGUCCCUUGCGUGCUAUCUCCAAUCUUCAGGCCACAGGGGAAAACCAUGGAGACUUCAGGACCUUCUUCCCAGACUCAAGAUCACAGUCGAGUCCCUGGAGAAACAGAAGAUCUGGACUAUGGAGAGACGGAUUUCCACAAGCAAGACAGGGAAGCUGGACUCUUUCCUCAAGAACAACCCAAGAGAGACAAGUGUUUUUCCUCCUCCUCCUCCUCUUCAUCUUCCUCCUCCUCUUCUUCUUCGUCAUCCUCCUCUUCUUCAGGGAGCAGUGAUGAGGACCAGCACCCCAGAGUAACCGGAAAACGUCGGCAGAGCCAGGGGGCUGGACACCCCCCCAGGGACAGCUCACCUGGUGCUGUGCAUGAGGAGCCUGACCUUUUGAAGGACGAGCUUCAGCUCUAUGGAGGUGUCCCCGGAGAGGUGGUGCCCUCUGGAGAAUCAGGACUCCGAAGGAGAGGCUCUGACCCAGCAAGUGGAGAAGUGGAAGCCUCUCAGUUAAGAAGACUGAAUAUAAAGAAAGAUGAUGAGUUUUUCCAUUUUGUCCUGCUCUGCUUUGCCAUUGGGACCUUGCUGGUGUGUUAUCACUAUUACGCAGACUGGUUCAUGUCCCUUGGGGUCGGCCUACUCACCUUCGCCUCCCUGGAGACCGUUGGCAUCUACUUUGGGCUGGUGUACCGGAUCCACAGCGUCCUACACGGCUUCAUCCCCCUCCUUCAGAAGCUUAGGCUGAUGGGGUUCAGGAAGACCGACUGAGGCUGAGGCAGGGCCGACAGCCAGGCUGAGCCCCACCAUGAUGGCCACUGCAUCUCCCGAGUGCACAAGGACAGAGCCACGUUCUGGGAGACACGCGGGUGGGCUAGGCUAGAGCAAUAAAGAGAGCUCUUUUCCUUCCAUGUAGUCUGAACGUUGGCACUGGCCCAGGCCUAAGUAUCAUUCGGGCAGCACUGGCAUGCAGUCCAGCUGCCAGGAUGACAUGCAGAGGGAAGGUGCCAGGCCUAUGUCCUCCAAGUUACCUGGAUCAAGCAGGAGGAUUCUAGGAUGUCACUGCUCUCAGGAGACAGUAGGAGACCCCUGGGCCCUACAAGCUGUAAUCUGUGUGGGCUUCAGAUUUCUCUAGAGUCCCUAGGGCAUCCAGGUGGGCUCUUCAUCUUUUGAAUCAACAAGGAAAGACAGACAGCCCACUGACAUAAGGCAGGGAACCAUCAUGCCAGGCCCCCAGGUGAACCUGGUACAGGUGAGAUGUUGGGGACUAAAGCCACAGCACCUUGUCUCAGCCCCAUCACCUAGCACCAGCCCCGCUGCCUUGGAUUCCAUCAAGAUUCAAAUAAACAUUUUCUUCCCUGGACUAAAAAGAA